GAGCUGCAGACGAGCAGAAAGGAGGCGAGGCCGGGGAAAGAGGGAAACUACGCCCGACAACUAGGGAGGGGGCGAGAAAGAGAAGAAACCCACCCACCCACUCAGAAAAAGGAAAAGAGGAAAAAAAUCUCGUGUGGCGCGCCGCCUGGUUACCGGGCAGCCUCGCCAGCAGCAGGGGGUGGGAGCCGACGCUGCCGGAGAGCGAGCAGCCUGGCAGGCACGGACAUGGUGCUCCUGGCGCAGGGCGCUUGUUGCUCGAACCAGUGGCUGGCGACGGUGCUUCUGAGCCUGUGCUCUUGCCUCCCGGCUGGGCAGAGCGUGGACUUCCCCUGGGCGGCCGUGGACAACAUGCUGGUGAGGAAAGGUGACACGGCGGUGCUCAGGUGUUACUUGGAGGAUGGAGCUUCAAAGGGUGCCUGGCUCAACAGGUCAAGUAUCAUUUUUGCUGGAGGUGACAAGUGGUCAGUGGAUCCUCGUGUUUCCAUUUCCACAUUGAAUAAAAGAGACUACAGCCUCCAGAUACAGAAUGUUGAUGUGACAGAUGACGGCCCAUACACCUGUUCUGUGCAGACCCAGCACACACCGAGGACAAUGCAGGUCCACCUCACUGUGCAAGUUCCUCCGAAAAUAUAUGACAUCUCAAAUGACAUGACCAUCAAUGAAGGAACCAAUGUCACCCUCACUUGUUUGGCCACUGGGAAGCCAGAGCCUGCCAUUUCCUGGAGGCACAUCUCCCCAUCAGCAAAACCAUUUGAAAAUGGACAAUAUUUGGACAUUUAUGGAAUUACAAGGGACCAGGCUGGGGAGUAUGAAUGCAGCGCAGAGAACGACGUGUCAUUCCCAGAUGUGAAGAAAGUGAGAGUGGUCGUGAACUUUGCACCUACGAUUCAGGAAAUUAAAUCUGGCACCGUGACCCCAGGACGCAGUGGGCUGAUAAGAUGCGAGGGUGCAGGUGUGCCGCCUCCGGCCUUUGAAUGGUACAAAGGAGAGAAGAAGCUCUUCAAUGGCCAACAAGGAAUUAUCAUUCAGAAUUUUAGCACAAGAUCCAUCCUCACAGUGACCAAUGUGACACAGGAGCAUUUCGGGAACUAUACUUGUGUGGCUGCCAAUAAAUUGGGCACAACCAACGCAAGCCUGCCCCUCAACCCUCCAAGCACAGCCCAGUAUGGAAUCACAGGGAGUGCCUGCGACCUUUUCUCCUGCUGGAGCCUUGUGUUGACAAUGUCCUCCAUCAUCAGUAUAUUCUACCUGAAGAAUGCCAUCCUACAAUGAAUUUAAAGACCCAUGAAAGGCUUCUAAGGAGUCUCUGAGAGUGCUGAUGGCUGGAUCCAAUCUGGUGCAGUUGGGUAGAAGCAGCGUGGGAUACAAUCGGCUGUCUGUACGAGGGUGACGCCGUCUGUGGAAUCGCUGGUUGUGUAAAUACUUUCAUUCUCCUCUCCUUUUGAUUAGACACACGACCUUGUGAAGCACUGCACAUUGUCCUUUUUUAAGAUGUGAAAGCUCUGAACUUACUUUUAGAGGAUAUUAAUUGUGAUUUCAUGUUUGUAAUCUACAACUUUUCAAAAGCAUUCAGUCGUGGUCUGCUAGGCUUCCGGCUGUAGUUUACAUGACAAAUAUUGCAGUGAACACAUGAUUCUUUAAGGCUGCAAUACAAGGGUUCAGUGCCCUGUUUCAAUAAGAGUCAACCCACAUUUACAAAGAUGCAUUUUUUCUUUUUUGAUAAAAAAAUCAAAUAAUAUUGCCUUCAGAUCAUUUCUUCAAAAUAUAACACAUAUCUAGAUGUCCCUGCUCGCAUGACAUCCAGGUUUUGGAAAUGAGCCUUGUAAUAUAACUCGCUGUGCUUCUCCUUCUAAGUUCAGCAUGGGUGUGCCUUCACAAAAUAAUCUUCUCUUUGUCUCUGACAAAUACAUAAUGUUUUCCUAAACCUUGCAAUUUGGAAGCAAAAGUAAAUUACACUGAUAAACUAAGCCUGAGAACUUUGCCCACAGCAUCUCAGUCUCCUUGAUGAGGCUGAGGUUAAAUCUUAGUGCACUGUGGGAAAGCAUGAGCUGUCCGAGGACAGCACCGCCUGUUCAGAGACCCCAGCAAUGCAGCGGUCUCCUGCACCAUUGCAAGCUGAUGUCCUAAGACAGCUUCUCCACAUGGACCUACAGUCCUAUCACCAUUAGAUGUGAGGUGGUGAGUGCUCAGAUGAAUCUGGUUUUGACAUCAGUAAGUUAGUGUGACAGAAACCC